CUCGGUGCGGUAGACAUAUGUGCAUUACGGUAGUGGCAGGCUCACCGGAGUCGCAGCUUUUCGUAGAAACCAGUGAACUCUGCGUCCUUUUCAUGAGAAAGCAUCUCAUUCAGAAGACAAAACAUGGCUACGGAGUGUAUACCACCUACUUAUGAAGAUCUGGAGGGUAAAAAGGACCCAGUCAUUGAAGACCCAGAACACAACGUCUACACUAGAUUUAUGAAGUCACACCAUUGUUAUGACCUCGUACCCACCAGCUCCAAGCUAGUUGUUUUUGAUACUUCACUUCAGGUCAAAAAAGCUUUCUUUGCACUGGUUUCAAAUGGAGUCAGAGCGGCGCCUCUUUGGGACAGCAAGAAACAGUGCUUUGUUGGUAUGCUUACGAUCACAGACUUUAUCAACAUACUCCAUCGAUACUACAAGUCUCCAUUGGUUCAAAUUUAUGAAUUGGAAGAACAUAAAAUUGAAACAUGGAGAGAGGUGUAUCUCCAAGACUCUUUCAAGCCGUUGGUUAGCAUAUCUCCAAAUGAAAGUUUGUAUGACGCAGUCUCAUCUCUGCUGAAGAAUAAGAUCCACAGAUUACCUGUGAUCGACCCACUGACCGGAAACACACUUUAUAUUCUCACACACAAAAGGAUCCUUAAGUUCCUCAAACUUUUUAUAGCAGAGAUGCCCAAGCCAUCAUUUUUAGGAAAAACCUUAGAGGAGUUAAACAUUGGGACAUUUCAUAAAAUUGCAGUGGUGCGUUCGGACACCCCACUGUACACGGCACUCGGGAUCUUUGUGGAGCAGCGAGUCUCAGCUCUCCCUGUUGUCGAUGAGAAAGGUCGAGUGGUGGAUAUUUACUCAAAGUUUGAUGUUAUAAAUCUGGCUGCAGAGAAGACGUAUAAUAACCUGGACAUCACAGUGACCAAAGCACUGCAGCACCGGUCACAGUAUUUCGAGGGAGUUCUGACAUGUAACAGACAUGAGACUCUGGAGGCCAUCAUUAACAGACUAGUGGAGGCAGAGGUGCACAGGUUGGUGGUGGUGGAUGAACAGGAGGUGGUGAAGGGGAUCGUGUCUCUGUCAGACAUCCUCCAGGCGCUAGUGCUCACAAACAAAGAUCAAGAAAAUGCAUGAGGCUGAACGAAGACACUACUACUCUUUUCUUAAGGACGGAAAGGGAACUGACAAGAUGUUAAUAGGGUUUUUAUACAUUUUAAUAUAGUAAAAAAAAAAAUACAAUAAUUUAACAGACUGUGGAUUGUAUUUUAGAGUUACGAUUUCAGGGGUGUGAACUAUAUGUAGCCAUUCAAACGUUUUUUUUCCCCUUCAUUUGUGUAUGCCUAAAAUAUGUGAUCAAUACCAUAUCUGAUAAAGGGGUCACAGAUUUUUUUUGCUGUUUAACGGUCUGAUUGCAGAUUUGUUGACCUGGUUUAUGUUCUAUAUCUCUGUAAUUACUGGGCCUAUCCUCAUGAAACAAAAACUGGUACAAAGUUCAUCUUCUUCUCUGUUAUCAUAAAUAAACUUUAGGUGAGAUUAUUUUUUCACAGUAACCUCAGAAAGUGGUGCCAUUAUUCAACUCUAAAGACGUGAUUGUUGUCAGCUGGCAAGUUUGUGGAGCCAUUCUCUUACAAAUAAUGAUAAGGUUCAACAUAUGUCGACCAUACGUUUGGACAUUUCUUUAAAAAAAAAACCUUAAAUCUCCCAUAGUUAUUUAUAUAGGACCUUGCCUUCCAUCUGAAAAUGACAUUCAAAUCUAAUGUGAAUGCAACCUAUUCAUAAUUCUUAAUAACAGAUGGGUACAAGGACUAUACUCUUUUUAGGGUUUUAUAAUGAUGAAUAGAAAAUAUUAUACAAGUGACUCAAAUACUGGCUUUGAGGGUUACAUCAGCACAUUUUCUCUCUUAAAACAAGCAACAGACUUAGAUAAACUUUAUUAAUCCACAAUGGAAAUUACAUCGACACAAUAUUAGAUGGAUAGAUUCAGUACAAACUGUGAAACAUUGGGAAUAAUGCAAUAUCAAAUUCUUACUAACAUUGGAUUUUUAUAGUAAUAACAUUAUAUGUACAAAUAAAUGACUGAAAUGUUUCACCGUACCGUAUUUUGUACAAUAUUUGCAUUUAAAAUUCUUUUUUUUUUUUUUUGUCUCUGAAAUAUUUGUAUUGUUAGAAACUUUGCACGUUACAUUGAGGAGAAAGUUAGUAGUUUAAAGGUCCUAUGUUACAGAAAAUUGAGUUGGAGUUGUAGGAGUUGUUUUGUUUCAUUCACAUGUUUUCCAAAGCUCAUUACAUUUUGUGAUGUCAUGAAGUGGGAUUUUUCCUUUUAGGAAGCUUUUAACAUAAACAUUGUUGGUUGAGUAUCCACUGAUCCACAAGUUGGCAGCGCGAUUCCAGCUCCCACCGAUAAAUGCUGUCCUUGGGCAAGAUACUUAACUCACCUCUUCCUAGUGUCCGUGUAACUUGUGUGUGAAUGUGCGGGUGGUUUCUUGAUGUAAAGCGCUUUGAAUGCCUCGAAGGUGGAAAAGCAUUAUAUAAAAAUGUGACCAUUUACCAUUUACCAGUAGAGAUAGACAAUUCCAAGGCUAAAAUUAUCCAAAUGAUUCUAAUGACGGUGUAUGGAGUUUAAAAACACAGUUGAGCAUUUUCUGUAUCACUACAUGACAUCACAAGGUGGAACACAGUAUUUUCUGGUUGAGAAAAGAACUCUUAACUAAAUAUGCAGGGUUUGUGUGUUAAACGUGUAAAUGAAGCAAAACACAAUUCCAGGUAUGUUUUGAUGAGGAAACAUUAUAUCAGAAAAUGGCGUAAUAUGGGCCCUUUAAGAUCAGUCCAGUCACUCUUCUCAUCCCAUGGGACCUGUUUUAUGAAAAUUUAAACCACCUCAAAAAUCAACAAAAAAGUACAAUCUUAGUUCUUACAAUUUUUGUUAAUUAUAACCUCAUUUCUACCAGCACUGAUCAUCUCCAUACACUUAAACCUAUAUUUUUGUUUUGUUUGUUUAGUUUUUUCCCUUGUUACAGUAUUGUACAAUUUAAUUUAUAACUUAGUUUUCACCAAAGACACAACCACAUUGUUAGUAAUUUUGUUAAAGGAAAUAUUCAGUGUGAGCAUGACGUUUACUUUAAAAUUUUAUUCCUACCAACAUUUGUAAGUCUUUUGUUCUGAGAAAUGUGUUUUGUUUUUAGUUUGUUUUAAAAAUUGUAAUCCAGCGUGAAACCAUGUGAAUGUUUUGUACUAAUGACAUUGUAAUUCAAGCAAUGAGCAAUAAAAGGUUCUGAAAAGA